CCGCCGCCGCUCGGGGUCGCUUCGAGCCCCAGCUUCCCGAGCGCUCCGCUCACAUGGCAGCCGCGCCGGCGCCUGGCCCGGCGGCCCGCUAGGGGCCGUCCCGCGCCCUGCCCAGCUCCUCGGCGGAGCCCGUCGGAUCCAGCCUCGCGUGGCGCCCGGGGUGCGCCACCUCUCAGCCCGAGGUGUCCGCGCGUCCGGCCAUCCAUCCUUCCGUCCCUCCUGGGGUCGGCGCUGAACCAUGCCCAGCGGCUGCCGCUCCCUACAUCUCGUGUGCCUGUUGUGCAUCCUGGGGACACCCGGUCGGUCUGCCCGAGCGGAUGACUGCAGCUCCCACUGUGAUCUGGCCCACGGCUGCUGUGCGCCUGACGGCUCCUGCAGGUGUGACCCAGGCUGGGAGGGGCUGCACUGUGAACGCUGUGUGAGGAUGCCUGGCUGCCAGCAUGGUACCUGCCACCAGCCCUGGCAGUGCAUCUGCCACAAUGGCUGGGCAGGCAAAUUCUGUGACAAAGAUGAGCACGUCUGUACCGCACAGUCUCCCUGCCAGAAUGGAGGCCAGUGUGUAUAUGACGGGGGUGGUGAGUACCACUGUGUGUGCCCACCAGGCUUCCAUGGGCAUGACUGUGAGCGCAAGGCCGGGCCCUGUGAGCAGGCAGGAUCCCCAUGCCAGAAUGGCGGGCAGUGCCAGGACAACCAGGGAUUUGCUCUGAACUUCACAUGCCGCUGCUUGGCAGGAUUUGUGGGUGUCCGCUGUGAGGUGAAUGUUGACGACUGCCUGAUGCGGCCUUGUGCAAAUGGCGCUACUUGCCUCGAUGGCAUAAACCGCUUCUCCUGCCUCUGUCCUGAGGGCUUUGCCGGACGCUUCUGCACCAUCAACUUGGAUGACUGUGCCAGCCGCCCGUGCCAGAGAGGGGCCCGCUGUCGGGAUCGUGUCCAUGACUUUGACUGUCUUUGCCCCAGUGGCUACGGCGGCAAGACUUGUGAGCUUGUCUUACCACUCCCAGAGCCUUCCACCACAGUGGACAUUCCCCUGGGGACCACCUCGGCUAUGGUGGCACCUGCCACGGGGCCAGCUCCUCAGAGUGCAGGGGCUGGUCUGCUGCGCAUUUCUGUGAAGGAGGUGGUCCAGAGGCAGGAUGUGGGGCUGGCUGAGUCUAGCCUGGUGGCUGUGGUGGUGUUUGGGGCUCUCACUGCUGCCUUGGUCCUGGCCACUGGCUUGCUGACCCUGAGGGCCUGGCGCCGAGGUGUCCGACCCCAUGGACCUUGUUGCUACCCCAUCCCGCACUAUGCCCCAGCACAUCAGGAUCAGGAGUGCCAGGUCAGCAUGCUGCCAGCCGGACUCCCGCUGCCCCCAGAUCUGCCCUGUGAGCCCGGAAAGACCACAGCACUGUGAUGGUGGAGGGGGCUUUCUGGCCCCAUUCUUCCACCUCCUCUACACCUCAGACUGUAGUGGUCCUUUCUUGUCACCCCUCACCUUGGGGUAUACACACUGAGGAACCUCAGCCUCAAACCAGAAGUACUAUUUUUUUAAUACAUAGAAUGUAAGAUGGAAAUUUUAUCAAAUAAAACAGUGAAAAU